AUGCGAAUCAAAGUGUUCCCACCCGGCUAUAUCGUCGGAACUGACAGUCUUCAAAUACACCUUUUCAUUCCAGAUGUAUCUCAAGCACGAGCUUAUGCUAUUCACGGAAAAAUCCAAGGCCUAGUGGAUGCUGUAGGCCAAAAAACAGAGAACAUCGCUGCUCUUCAGGACGACGUAUGCAUCUAUCUCGAUGCUCUAAGAGGCAACUAUACAAUUCUUUGUGGUCACGAGUACUUGGGGGAUUGCCCGCCCAUCGACAUUAUGGACUCGUUUCAUCAACUAUGCUUGGUUUGCCAUAAACACUUUCCGCUGAACUUCAAAGAAUUCUGGCAAACCUACCUAUAUCCGAUAGUCUCUUGUGCUACCGAGGAACAAAUGGCUGAGAUGCAUCAUGACUGUCCUAAAGGAUUAUGGGCUGCUAUGGUGGCAGAAAGCAUGGGCCAACCUCAACUCCUAUCUCAUAGAGGAAUCGGGCAAGCUGUCGUUAAGGACUGGUCAAUUUUUGCAUGGACCAAGGACAUUUCUGAACCUCCUGCAUGGCAACUGGAAACACAUCCGAACCCGGAUGCCGAGCAUGCCUCAUCGACGGCUUCAUUUGUGUCGGGCGAGAAGGGAUACCUAAUUUCCAAGCUGAAAUAG